AGAUCAACCGUCUAAAAUCCCUCAUUAAAAUGUCCAAAAUCGCUGUGAUCGGUUGUGGUGCCGUCGGACUGACUUCGGCUCUGGAGUUGCAAAAUAAAUUCGGAAGUUGCAUGCGAGUUACGAUAUUUGCGGACAAGUUUAGUCCAAAUACGACAAGCGACAUCGCGGCUGGACUUUGGGAACCGUACUUAUUAGCCGAUAAUUCCGAAUUUGAUGUGUUCCGAUGGUCCAGCCGGACGUAUCGCUUUAUUCUAAAACUCUGGCAGGAAGGUGAAGCGAAAGCGGCAGGAAUUUGCCUUCAACCCGUCGUCAAUUUGUCUGCAUUGAAAAAUUAUUCGUGCCCAAAAUGGGUCGCUGCGACCAUCGGAUACAAUGAACUCUCCGAUGGCUGUUUGCAAAGUUUCAGCGAACUGUACGGGCAAAGUUUCACUGGCGGUUUUAUGUUUAUCAGCUUCACUUGGGAAGCGGCGGUAUUUUUGCCCUAUUUGCAGGCAGGAGUUGCAGUGAAAUGCCCACAAUCCUUGCAAUGCUGGUUAAAGAGCGAUGAAUUUUUUCAGCAAAAGUUCCUGAAAAUAGGCGGCAUUAUAAAGGAAAGACAUAUCGGGAGUCUUAACGAACUGGAAGAAUUCGAUGCGAUUUUAAAUUGCACGGGACUCGAAGCCAGACGUUUAUCAAACGAUGAAACAGUUGUCCCGAUUAGAGGGCAAAUUAUCAGAGCGGAGGCUCCCUGGCUCUAUUUCACUUAUGUGAUUCAAAGCGAGCUGGAAGACCAAACUUGCUAUGUGAUUCCCAAUGCAAAAUCCGCUGUUUUCGGUGGAACCCAACAGAAAAGUUUCAGAACAACGGUAAGCAGCAGCGAUUCGCAACGCAUUUUACGGAACGUGCACAAACUGCUGCCGCAAAUCGCUCAGGCCAGGAUUUUACAGGAAAUUGUGGGCCUCAGGCCUUCCAGGCCCAAAGUGCGUCUGGAGGCGGAAUUUUUCAAGCUUGCAACUGGCAAAAUUGUCCCAGUUGUUCAUAAUUAUGGCCAUGGCGGGGCGGGAAUCACUCUAAGCAUUGGAUGUGCUCAGGAUGCAGCUCUUCUCAUAGGGAAAGUGUUGAAAAUUACCAGCUCAAAGCUAUAAUAAUUAUUAUUGCUCUAAACGUUUUUAAUGUCGUCGAGGAAAUCAUGCAAAAUUCAAAUAAGCCAAAUUUUUGUUUGGAUUUUCCUCAAGGUUCAGCUUGGCUUGACCCAUUGAAUCCAUUGCCAAACCUGAACUGAAAUGUCUCGAUGCGAUGAAACCUAAAUCUCUCAAGUUUUGUGAAAAGCUUUUGAAUAGGUUUUUCAGCGACAAACUGACCACUAAAACCCGGUCUUCCUCAGUAACAUAGAGUUUAAAGUUGUUGAUGCUGCAUGACUGAAACUCAAAAAUGUAUAGUACAAAAUUGAAGAACUG